CAAAGCGUCCAGCCCUGCCUGCUCCUCCUCGGGCCUGGGCGCCUCCGGCAGGCGCUUCCCUCCCUCCUUCUCUCCCCAGCUGCCUCCUCCUCUUCUCUCCCGCUCUCCUUCCCCUUUCACCCCAUCCCCUGCCCUGGCUGCAACCAUGAGGGUCUUGGCCUGCCUCCUUGCGGCACUGGUGGGGAUCCACGCUGUUGAGCGCCUGCGCCUGGCCGAUGGCCCCCAUGGGUGCGCUGGCCGCCUGGAGGUCUGGCACGGCGGGCGCUGGGGCACCGUGUGUGACGACGGCUGGGACCUGCGUGAUGCCGCCGUGGCCUGCCGGCAGCUGGGCUGCGGAGGGGCACUGGCCGCCCCAGGAGGCGCCUUCUUCGGGGAGGGGGCAGGGCCUGUGUGGCUCAGCGAGCUGGCUUGCCGGGGCAAUGAGGGGCAGCUGGGCCUCUGCCACCACCGGGGCUGGAAGGCCCACAUCUGCUCCCACGAGGAGGACGCGGGCGUCGUCUGCGCAGGUCAGCGCGUGGCUAACUCCAGGGACGAUUCAACGUCUCCCCUGGACGGGGCUCCCUGGCCAGGGCUGUUGGUGGAGCUGAGCCCCAGCACGGAGGAGCCCCCGGUGACACAUGCCCCCCGCCCAGCUGGGAACCCCCAGAACGCCUCCCGGAAGAAGAGCCCCCGGCCCAAGCAGGCCAAGUCCACCCGGGCCCCUCUGCUGAUGACCGGAGCCCCCCGCCAAGAGCGGCUGCGCCUGGUCUCUGGCCCCCACAGGUGCGCCGGACGCCUGGAGGUCUGGCACGGCGGGCGCUGGGGCACCGUGUGUGAUGACGGCUGGGAUCUGCGCGACGCUGCUGUGGCCUGCCGGGAACUGGGCUGUGGGGGGGCGCUGGCUGCCCCCGGGGGUGCCAGAUUCGGGCCCGGUGCAGGGCCCGUGUGGAUGGACGAUGUGGGGUGUGGAGGAGGAGAACAGGCCCUCCGAGACUGCCCCCGAAGCCCCUGGGGCCGGAGCAACUGUGACCACAGCGAGGAUGCCGGGCUGGUCUGCACCGGCCCAGCACCUCGGCUGCGCCUGGCCGAUGGCCCCCACGGGUGCGCUGGCCGCCUGGAGGUCUGGCACGGGGGGCACUGGGGGUCGGUGUGUGACGACGCCUGGGACCUGCGAGACGCCGCUGUGGCCUGCCGGGAGCUGGGCUGCGGAGGGGCGCUGGCCGCCCCCGGGGGCGCCUUCUUUGGGGAGGGGUCUGGACCCAUCAUCCUGGACGACCUUCGGUGUCGGGGAAACGAGACGGCCUUACGAUUCUGCCCAGCUCGGCCCUGGGGCCAGCAUGACUGUCACCACCGUGAGGACGCCGGGGCCGUGUGUGACGGCAUGCCCCUGGGCUAUGUCCCUCCCACGGCCCCCACGGACAGCAACAACUCCACGCCCAGGGAGGCUGCCUCCAGGCCCCCGGCCACCAUGAUGAGCCAGGCUCCAGGGACGGCAGGCGUUUCACCUCCUCCAGCCUCCCCUACUGUCCUUUGGGAGCCUGGACCGGAAGCCGGGUCCCCCCAGCUGCGCCUGGUGGCUGGGCCCAGCAAGUGCUCAGGUCGACUGGAGGUGUGGCAUGACCAGCGCUGGGGGACCGUGUGUGACGAUAGUUGGGACAUGCGGGACUCAGCCGUGGUCUGCCGGGAGUUGGGCUGUGGUGGACCUCGGCAGCCAGACCCUGCUGCUGGCCGCUUUGGCUGGGGCGCGGGCCCCAUCUGGCUAGACGAUGUGGGCUGUGUGGGGACGGAGGCUUCGCUGUCCGACUGCCCUGCUGCUCCCUGGGGAAAGCACAACUGCGCUCACAAUGAGGAUGUUGGGGUCACCUGCACUGGGUCCCCAGGCCUGGACUCCAUCUCAGACCCCUUCAGCUGGAGCUGGAUUCCUGGUCUGGGGAGAGAUCGGGAUGCCUGGCUCCCGGGAGAGCUGGCCACCAAGCCCUCUGCAAGUGUGACCGCCAGUGUUCUGGAGAAAACAACCACGAAGGCCCCAGGGAAAAUGCCUAAGAGUACUAAGAAGUGGGUGACAAAAAAUGCAAAGAGACCAACCGCUCAACCCCCAGUGACGCCAACCACGAAACACUCCAGGGCCCAAAGCCCCCCAGACCUAACCUCACAGACCACUACAGCCCUGACCACUGAGGCCUCCCGAAGACCUACCUCUGAGUUUACCAGAAGGCCGACCACAGAGGCCCCGCAGAGAUGGACCUCUCACACCACUGCCACGCUGACCCCUCAGGCCCCCCGAGAACGGACCACUAAGACCAUGGCAAUGCUGACCACUCAAGGCCCCCAAGAAAUGACCUCUGAGGCCGCUAUCGAGAGAGUCCCUCAGGCCUCCCUGGAGCCAUCUGCUGAGAUCCCAGAAGGGUCUCCAGAGUCACCCAAAGACCCGGCCCCCUCUCCCAGUGCCAGCACCACUGGGGAAUCAGGCCUGUUCCGGGUUCGUCUGGCCGAUGGGCCCAACCGCUGUGCCGGCCGGCUGGAAGUGUGGCAUGCCGGACGCUGGGGAACAGUGUGUGAUGACAACUGGGACCUGCGGGACGCCACUGUGGCCUGCUGGGAACUGGGCUGUGGAAAGGUCCGGCCUCGAGUGGGCAAAACCCAUUACGGCCCUGGGACUGGGCCCAUCUGGCUGGAUGACAUGGGCUGUAAGGGAAGCGAGGCCUCACUGAGCGACUGCCCCUCGGGGGCUUGGGGGAAGCACAACUGUGACCACGAGGAAGACGUGGGGCUCACCUGCACUGGCUACACAGACUAUGAUGAUUAUCCCCCCUGGACCUGGGACCCCACCUCAACAGAGGACCUGGCCAAGGGGACCACCACAGCGAGGGUACCUGGACACAGUCUCCCCUGGGGCACCACCAGGCGCCCGGGGAGCUCCUCCCCAGCAACAAGGCGCCUGCCAGACACAGGUGGCAAAGAUGGUUACAAGCUUCCCUGGACGUGGGACACACCAUCAGGAAGGGGCCUGGCUGAGGGGACCCCUACCGCAGGCAAACUAGGACCCACUCUUCGGGCUGGCGCCACCAGGAGCCCAGGCAGUCCUCCAACUCCAAGAGUCCAUGGAGACACAGGUUCCCCGAGGAAACCGUGGCCCGAGCGCCGGCCACCGCGGCCCGCUGCGACCAAGACAGCGCCCCCAACCCCGUCCCCAGCUCCCUCCGCCUCUCCGGGACCCCCAGGCCCAGCUCUGACCUCUGACUCCAGUCCAGAGCUCACUCCCCACUCAGCCUUGACGUCCGAGGCGACCUCUGACCCUCCGGACACUUCAUCACCCACCCCAGACCCGGCCUCCCGGACGAACCCCGACCUCAUCUUGACAAGCCCUGACUUUGCUUUGUCCACCCCUGACUCCAGUGUGGUUCCCGCAUUGACCCCGGAGCCCUCACCCACGCCCUUACCCACCUUGCCCAAAGAGCUGACCUCUGACCCUUCUACACCGUCGGAGGUGACUAGCCUUUCCCCUACCUCAGAACAGAUCCCAGAAUCUGACACAACCCCAGGUUUGGACACAACUCCAUACUCCAGUACAGUAUCAGAAUAUUCUAGAUCCCCAGACCCCUCCCCAAGCCCUCACCCCACUACUACCCCUGAUCCCACCAUGACCCCUGACCCCACCACAACCCCUAACCCUACUGUGACCCCUCACUUCCCUACCACCACUCACCCCACCACGACCCCUCAACCCACCACCAUCACUCACUCCACCAUGAUUCCUGACCCCACCACAACCCCUCACCCCACAACCCCUCACCCCACCACGACCCCUCAUCCCACCACCACCACUCACUCCACCAUGAUUCUUGACCCCACCACAACCCCUCAACCCUUCACCACCGUGCAGCCCACCACGAUCCCUCAUCCCACCAUGACCCCUCACCCCACCACAACCCCUCACCCCACCACGACUCCUGACCCCACCACGACCCCUCACCCCACCACGACUCCUGACCCCACCACGACCCCUCACCCCACCACGACUCCUGACCCCACCACAACCCCUCACCCCACCACAACCCCUCACCCCACCACAACUCCUGAUCCCACCACGACCCCUUACCCCACCACGACUCCUGACCCCACCACGACCCCUCACCCCACCACGACUCCUGACCCCACCACGACCCCUCACCCCACCACAACUCCUGACCCUUUCUCAACCCCUAUCAUCACUGCUAAGUCCCUUCCAACCUCCUUGGGGACAGAACUCUCCUCUCCCACUCUAGCACCAACAGUCAAGCCCAGUCUGCAUCCCCAGUUGACCUUCACAGCACCUGCCCCUCACACCUCCACAUCCCAGAUACCCACCCUAGAGCCCUCUCCAGCCUUGGAGUCCAGCCCCUCCAGGUCCUCCACAGCCACAAGCAUGGACCCACUGUCCACUGGGGACUUCAAGCCACCCAGAAGCCAGAGCCCCAACCUAACCCCUCCACCCACCCAUACCCCACACUCAGCCUCUGACCUCACUGUGUCCCCUGACCCCCUCCUUUCCCCCAUAGCCCACCCCUUGGAUCAUCCUCCCCUUGACCCCCUCACCCUAGGGCCAACUCCUGGUCAGAGCCCAGGCCCCCAUGGUCCAUGUGUGGCCCCAACACCACCUGUAAGGGUCAUGGCUUGUGAGCCACCUGCCCUGGUGGAGCUGGUGGCUGCUGUGAGGGAUGUGGGUGGUCAGCUGCAGAGACUGACCCAGGUCGUGGAACAGGACCGGCAGGAGCGCCAAGCCCUGCUGCUGGGGCUGACGCAGCUGGUAGAGGCUGCCCGGGGUCUGGGGCAGCUGGGUGAGGCCGUGAAGAGACUGGCAGAGAUGGCCUGGACCACCAGCGUGCCUGCACCAACCACCACUACCCCAGAGGAAGAAGAAAGACCUCUGAGGGGAGACGUGUGACCCUCUCCAGGAUUUGAGGGGCUUCAGACACCCCCAACCAAAAAAAAAAACCCAAAGUAUCUAAUUAAAAACAAGGUGUGAAUGGU